AAUUCGAAGCGUGUCGGGCAGUUAAUGAAUAUUCAUGAAAGCACAUAUGACGUCACAUUCUGCACAAUGAUUGAAUCAAGACGGCAGUGUCGACGGAGGAAAAAUAUCAAAUUAUUCAACAAACCGAUACCAGUCGACCAUGACGAGCAGUACAUUACACUGAUGAAGUGGAUGAAAGAACAUGGAUUUAACUGCAAGGGUUGUUGUCUGAAACCUGCUGUCUUUUCUGAUACCGGACGAGGCCUGAUGACAAAAAAGAACUUGAGGCCUGGUGACUCCAUAGUUGAGAUUCCCCGUCAUCUGCUUGUGACGGCCAAAGACAUCUUGAACACUGAAUUAGGACCAAUUAUAAAGAGGCAGCGGCAGAAACCAACACCGUACCAAGUGGUUUGUGCUUUCCUCCUUACAGAGAGGUCAAAGGGCAAAUCCUCUUUCUGGUAUCCAUACAUCAAUGUCCUGCCAAAGGACUUCACAACACCAGCGUUUGGCUCCACUAAACAAGCCGACUUCGAUGUGCUUCCCACCAUCGCACGGAGCCGAGCAAUCAACCAAUUGCAGGACAUUCGGGCUGCCUUCGAGAGUGCUUCAUGUCUGUUUGAAGACAUUGAGAGAACUUUUCCUCAGUAUCGCAUUUUCUUCAGCUUGGACUCCUUCGUCUGGGCCUGGUUUGUCAUUAACUCGAGGUCUGUCUACAUUGAGCCUAGUGGCUGUGAGGCGUUUGAUCCUAAAGCAAGCGAUGACUUUGCACUAGCUCCAUUUCUGGACUUGCUCAACCAUUCCCCAGGAGCUGAGGUUACUGCUGGAUUCGACCCUGUAUCUAAUUGCUAUCGGAUCAAGACCCUAGACAGCUACCAUGCCUAUGACCAAGUCUUCAUUCAUUACGGUCCCCAUGACAAUGUUAACCUUCUCCUAGAGUAUGGCUUCGUCAUCCCAUCCAACCCACAUGAUGCCGUUAGCUUUGAGCUAGGAGCUGUUGUAGACGCAGUAAAAUCUCAACACGACAGCCCUCUUCCUUGCAGAAGAACCAGAGAAGUCAAUGACCCGUGGGAAUUCAAAGCCCAUACAUUGAAGUCUGCCAAUCUAGAUCUUGACUUGUCCUGUAGUAUGUCAGGUCCCUCAUGGAAUCUUCAAACAGCACUUAGAAUUCUCUGUAUGGAGUACAAUGAGAUUGUGACUUGGAAGAGGGUGAUAGCUGAGAAUAACAUCUCACCAGCUACCAAGAAACUGAUCCCCUUGGCCUUGCAUAAGCUCACCACUGAUGGGCAAGAGCAGGCUCUCUCCAUGCUCCAGAAACUUGAUGAUGGAGUUUGCGAAGAGAACACUGAUUAUGUUGAAAAUGUGAGAAUGCUGUGGAAGGAAAGACUUGACAUCCUCAGGGCCACACAAGUAGAGUUAGAUCCCAAUGGUUGAUAGAGAAGGUGAGGAGAAGAAAGGGAUCGAUCUUGUACAGUGCGAUAUACUUGAAGGAUGUAGAAAACGUUCUACAUUGUUGGGGGUAAGACAGGCGGAGUGAGAACCUAAUGGCUGAAGAUGAAGAGGAGAAAGGAUUGUCCAGGACCAGGUAGUCCUGGAAACUCCUCUGCCUGACAAUCACAAAUCAGAAUAUUAGAGAAUGCUACAGGUUGUCUUGGUCAAAGCAAUCCUUGUGUGAUGGAGGAGAGAAUUCACAUCUUCAUUCAGUAUCUCUGAGGCAGAGGUGAGAAGGAGAAAGGGACUGUCUUUGACAAGGUGAUCCUUCAGUGAUGCAGGAGAGACCUAGAUCUGUUCCUCAAGGAUAGAUAUGCAGAGUCAUACCCAGGGUUAAGGGAUGAGGUAAAGAGGAGAAAGGCUUGUUUUGGACCAGGCAAUCAUUGAACGCUGCAGAAGAGACUUCAAAUCCUGAGGGAUAGACAAGCAGAGUUAGACCCCUGGGCAGCGUUUCAUGAAACCAUCAUAAGUAC